AUGCGACAGAAGGGCCAUCAAAAGUUCCCUCCUCAUCGCACCCAACCAUCCACAAGACAAGGAUUCGCUGCCCCCUCUCCAUUCUCCCGAUUGAACGCCGGCAUGAUCAUCGAUCAGAGGCUGAUUGACGGAGCCCAAAGAUCACCGCAAGCAAGUCCAGCAUAUGGAACUGACUACGUAUCCGAACAAAGACCUAAUGAUGAAUUCCAAUAUGAUGCAUUUGACCUAGAGCUUCUUGCCCAAUCUGACGAGUGCGUGAAGAGUCGACAAGAUGAAGUAUAUAAUGCAGGAUCUGGACCUUCUCCUGAGCUGGGAUCCAGAGAUAGCUCACAUCAGAUCUCGCGGUUCUUUUCCGGCUCCCAAGUCUCACUCCGCCACAGCUUGGGUUCCGGAUCUUCGACUAUUGAUAACCGAUCACCCCCUAGCCCGUUCACCAGCUUCCAAAAUGUGAGGGCAACGUCAUUAAACAAUGAAGCCAGAGCCGACAUUCAAGAACAUGAUAUCGAAUCUCAGCAAGCUGGGGAACAGCAGUCCAGAAGCACUUAUGAUACUACAAUGCACUCCCCAAAUCAGGUGACCUCAUUUCAUAACAUCCCCAUGUCAAUCAGAGGAAUCGUCCUGGUAUCUGCUCGUGAGUUGCCGGAUAAUUAUCGAUCGAUAUUUCACUUCCCGGUUUUCAAUGCCGUCCAGUCAAAGUCCUUCUAUUCGGUCUACAAAACCGACGAUAACAUAGUCCUUGCGGCACCGACGGGAAGCGGCAAGACUGUGAUUAUGGAGCUGGCAAUCUGCCGUUUGCUUGCUAAUCUGAAAGAUGAACGUUUCAAAGUCGUCUAUCAAGCACCCACCAAGUCCUUAUGCUCCGAAAGGUUUCGUGAUUGGAACAGGAAGUUCCAAACCUUAGGACUUCAAUGUGCUGAGUUGACCGGCGAUACAGAUCACACUCAGAUGAGAAGUGUUCAAAAUAGCCAGAUAAUCAUCACCACGCCGGAAAAAUGGGACAGUAUGACACGGAAAUGGAAAGAUCACACUCGUCUGAUGCAGCUAGUCAAGCUAUUUCUUAUCGAUGAGGUUCAUAUUCUGAAAGAGGCUCGUGGAGCCACGUUAGAGGCUGUUGUAUCUCGAAUGAAAGCCAUUGGGUCCAAUGUCCGCUUUGUUGCUCUGAGUGCUACCAUUCCAAACUCCGAGGAUGUCGCGACGUGGUUAGGCAAAGAUGCAAUAAAUCAGCAUGUGCCAGCGCAUCGCGAGCACUUUGGUGAGGAGUUUCGUCCGGUCAAACUCCAGAAAUUUGUCUAUGGAUAUCAAUCGCAUGGCAAUAACUUUGCAUUUGACAAAACGUGCAGUUCAAAACUUCCCAAUAUUAUCGCUACACAUUCAUGCAGGAAACCCAUCAUGGUAUUUUGCUGCACCAGGAAUUCAACUGUAGCCACUGCAAAAGAGCUUGUCCGGCUGUGGUCUACGUCUAAUCCGCCCGCGAGGCUUUGGAAAGGCCCCAAUAAGCGCAUGGAUGCUCAUAAUGUUGACUUGAAAGGCACACUUGUUGCUGGGGUCGCCUUCCAUCAUGCUGGACUUGAUCCUGCGGACCGACAUACAGUUGAGACUGGCUUCCUGGAGGGGCAGAUUAACAUAAUUUGCUGCACCUCGACACUUGCAGUGGGUGUGAACCUUCCAUGUCAUUUGGUAAUAAUCAAAAACACCGUGGGAUGGCAAGACGGUGGCUGUCGGGAAUACUCUGACCUUGAAAUCAUGCAAAUGCUUGGCCGUGCUGGUCGGCCUCAAUUUGACGACAGCUCCACAGCCGUAAUUCUAACCAGAAAAGAGCGCGUGAAUUAUUAUGAGAGACUCUGUUCGGGGUCUGAGAGCCUUGAGAGCUGUUUGCACUUGAAUUUGAUUGACCAUUUGAACGCUGAAAUCGGGUUAGGCAAUAUCACCGAUAUCGAAUCCGCUAUUAAAUGGCUUGCUGGUACAUUCCUGUUCGUGAGGCUGAGAAGGAAUCCAACGCAUUAUCACCUUAAGGAAGGUGCCAAUAGAGACGAUGAAGAUGAGAUGCUUCGACAAAUUUGCGAGAAAGACAUCAGUCUUCUAAGGGAGUGUGGUUUGAUCGCCCCGGAGCAGCUGCGAUCUACACAAUACGGAGAUGCAAUGGCCCGCUAUUAUGUUCGUUUCGAAACGAUGAAGACGUUUCUAUCCUUGAAGCCGCGGGCUGCCAUCUCACAAAUCUUUUCUGUGGUUGUCCAGGCAGAAGAGUUUCGUGAAGUUCGUCUGAAAUCGGGAGAAAAGUCGCUGUAUAAAGAGCUCAACCGCGCGAAUGGUAUUCGCUUUCCAGUCAAAGUGGAUAUAGCUCUCCCAGCCCAUAAAGUCUCGCUCCUCAUUCAAUCCGAGUUGGGUGCCGUGGACAUCCCGGACGGUGAGCAAUUUCAAAAGCACAAAUUUACCUUCCAACAGGACAAGAGUUUCGUUUUCACACAUGUCAAUCGACUCAUUCGUUGUAUCAUCGACUGCCAAAUCGCUCUUGCAGACUCGGUGGCUGUUCGCCAUGCUUUAGACCUUGCAAGGAGUUUUGGGGCCAAGGUAUGGGAUUAUUCGGCGCUCCAAAUGAAACAGAUCGACCAGAUUGGUAUCGUGGCUGUUAGAAAAUUAGCAGCCGCCGGGAUCACCAGCCUUGAAGCAUUAGAGCUCACAGAAGCCCAUCGGAUUGAUAUGAUCUUGAGCAAGAACCCACCAUUCGGAAUGAAAGUGCUUAGUCGUGUGGCCGACUUCCCUAAGCUUCGGGUAUCUGUUAAGAAGACAGGCAGAGAUGUCAAGCCAGGAAGUCCGAUCAGGAUUCGAUUCACGGCUGACAUAGCCUUUAUGAAUGUAAAAUGUCCGACUUAUUUUCAGAGACAUCCAAUCUAUGUCUGCUUCCUAGCAGAAACAUCUGGUGGCCAUCUGAUUGACUUCAGGCGGAUCAGUGCAAGUAAAUUACAAAGCAAUCACGAAAUCAAGCUCAGUGCAGAGAUCAAGGAUCGAGACCAGUCGAUUAAAUGCCACGUCAUGUGUGAUAAUAUCGUUGGAACUUUGAGGUCUGCAGAGAUACCGACAGAUCUUCCACCAGCUGUGUUCCCGAAUCUUUCGACUGUAGAGAAAUCAGCCACGGGCCAAAAUGACACGAAUACAUCACGUCUACAUAGCAAUGAAUCCCAAGUCAAAUUGAGCACAGCCCUAAUGACAGAUGCUUUUGACAGUGAUGACCAGUUGUUUAACGACUUUCUCAAAGCAGAUUGCAUUGGACCCAGUAAAGACACCACAUUGGGCCAUAAGGAACAGGCAUCUGUCCAAGGCGCACCCACUGACAAUCCCCUGUCCUUCAACGAAUCCAACGAGCCAGUCCGUCUAGAGAAUGGAAAAUGGGCAUGCAACCAUAAAUGUAGAGACAAAACUGCAUGCAAGCACUUCUGCUGCCGAGAUGGACUGGACAAGCCCCCCAAAGCAAGCAAGAGACAACCCUGCACUGGGAACCAGAAGCAAGAUAAGCUCAAUCAGCUUACUAUCUCGGCCAGUGUCACGAAGAGACCAGUCCAAAAUGAACCACCGAAGGCCACCAAAAAGCAGUAUCUGUCUCCUUCUAUCUUGCAGCCGAGCUCUGCCAGCACUUCUUUGCACCCUAGCCAUUCCCCGGGAAAUCCUCGCGUCAUCGAUUUGAACUCUUCAAGUGACUACGGCGAUGACAGCUUUGACGACCUGCCUUCGCCAUCCACUCUGCUUUUCGGGAAGUCAACGAAAGCGGCAUUGCACGGAAAUGACAAGCCCAUCGACGUACCCAACACGGAGGAGUUGUUUAAAGGAGAUGACUGGCUCUUCACUGACGAGCCGCUCCACCUAACCCAGACCGCAGCUGAUGACUAUUUUCCGCAUCCCAACGAGGGCGUAGGCCAAGGGUUAAAGGGUGGCAAUAUACCCUCUCGGACCAAAGGAGUGUCUGCGAAUGAUUCCAACGAGUCACCAAUCAGCUUGAGCAUCGAAAAAUCUUCUGAGGAUAAUACUUCCAUAAGCCUUGACUGCUCAAGGGGUAUGGGAAUAGCAACGAAAAGAAAACUGUCCCAGAUAGAACCAAACCAGAUAUGCAAACAGAGAAAGACAAAGCAAGAACUGACAGAGACAUUCAACUCUCCAGACCAUGAAUUUGCUGCCUUGUCACGAGUGGGCACUCAGGGUCAACCCCCUGCAGCACCAGGUGCAUCUACAAUGCCGACCGACUGGGAAGAUAUUGACCCUGCGUUGCUGGAUGAGUUUAAAGACAUUAUCAACUUCUUCUGA